GAAGAGAAAAUGAAGCUAGUUUGGUCGCCGGAAACAGCAUCCAAGGCUUAUAUUGAUACCGUAAAAUCGAUUAGUACGAUGCAGUGUGAGCUUUCACAUGAAUCGAGCCUGGCGGAACUCAUUUCCGCCAUGGCGGCCGGAUGGAACGCGAAAGUAGUCGUGGAGACAUGGUCACGGGGAGGCGUUGAAACGAGCAUUGGCCUUGCCGUGGCGACUCAUCACAGCGGGGGCAGGCAUAUUUGUGUAGUCCCUGACAAGGAGUCGAUGGCGGAGUACAAAGACGCCAUGGCUCAGUCGGGACAUAUAGCCGAUGAGGUUAUAGUUGAGGGAGCCUUGGAGGGAUUGGAAGGGAUAGAUUUUCUAGUUGUUGAUUGCAGGAGAGAAGAGUUUGCGAGGAUGAUUAGGGCUGCUAAAUUAGGAGAGAGGGGGGCUGUUUUGAUAUGCAAGAAUGCUACUUCCGACCUCAGCUGGCGGGCCGUGCUACGGAGGGAGUCGAGGGUCAUGCGGUCGGUGUUUCUGCUGAUCGGGGACGGUGUCGGCAUCGCUCACGUGGGUGGGACCUCCGCCGGAACAAAGCAUCGAAGUAGGUGGAUCAAAGGUAUCGAUCAGAAAUCAGGGGAGGAAGUUAUCUUUCGGAAUUGAUUAUUUGUAUGCAUAAAAUGUUAUGGGAUUUGAAUGGACGAUUAUUUGAUUCUUUUCGCAUGUAGAUAGGUGGAAAUUUGUAUAAUGUACUUCCUCCAUCCCGCUCCGUCCCGCAAUAUGAGUUCUAUUUAAUUAUAACACGAGUUUAAAGAAAUGUAAAGAAAAGUUGAUUGAAUAAGUUAGUGGAAUAUGAGUCUCACUUAAAUAUAUUACUGUACUUUUUAUAAGAAAAUGCGAGUGAAAUAAGUUGGUGGAAUGUAGGGCCCUAUUUAUCAUUUAUGGUAAAGUGAAAUAUGACUAUUA